GUAAGCUAUUCGAUAAAUCUUUGGAUGAAUAUUGCAAAUGCAGUAAAAGAAGAUUUGGCGAUGAAAGAAUGGAAUGCGUUGAAGAGUGCGAUUGAGAAGGCGGGGGCACAAGUUGAGGUGCUUGAGCCUGAGGGUGCUGACCGCUAUCCGGAUAUUGUUUUCACGGCCAAUGCGGCCGUAAUUCGUAAGAAGAAAGCCUAUUUGGCUAACUUCUACUAUCCAGAACGUCAAGGUGAACGUCAUUUCUAUGAGAAAUGGUUGAAAACGCAUGGUUAUGAGACAGUUGGAAAUCGAGAAAUACCAUUUGAAGGAGCUGGUGACGCGUUAUGGGGUGGUUGUGGCAGGAACGUACUGUUCGUUGGUGUGGGGCCGAGGACCGAUGUGAGGGCGUUGGAUGAUGUGGCUGAAAAAUUGGACGAUGGCUCGAAUUUUAAAGUUUUAGGCUGUAGAUUAGUUGAUCCAAGAUUCUAUCAUAUCGAUACAUGUUUUUGCCCGUUACAAGAUGGGUUAGCGAUGUUUUAUCCGUACGCAUUCGAUGCAGUCACUCGCCAUAAUAUGGCCAAUGAAACUGACCUUAUUGCAGUACCCGAAGAGGAUGCAGCGCAGUUUGCGUGUAAUUCAGUGGUGAUCGAUAAAACAGUGAUAAUGCAUAAGUGUAGUGAAAAAACGAUUGAUCUGUUGGGCAAGCAUGGUUUUGAAGUGAAGUUUAAUGAUAUGUCUGAGUUUCUGAAGAGUGGUGGUUCUGCCAAGUGCUGUACACUGGAAUUGUAA